CAGUUUCCUUUUCACCCUCCCUCCCUGAGGUUCAAGAAUGGCACUCAAUAACGCUAUUGUACGCAACAAGACAAUCAUUCAAGAAAUUCUAUCGGCAGAUCCCCAAUUCAUACUUUGCAAGGUGAGAGAGAAAGAACUGAUAACUCACCGCGAAUACACAAAACUAAACUCCAUCAAUAAGGGGGACGCAGAGGAUCUCGUUAUCAAGCUCGUGGACACACUCAUUAACAAAGGAAGACAAUCCGAGUUCAUUGGGCUUCUGCAGGACGAGAAAGUCCUAGAAACGUAUCCUAAACUUGAAGACGUGGAAUGGGGAGACAGUGGGUCUACCGCCUCAUCGAGCAGUUUGAGUAUUGGCAGCAACACUGAAACCCGCUCCGCAGGGCAGAAUCUGACUGAAUUGGAGCUCCUGAAGGUGGCCAACACGCUGGGACAGGAGUGGGAGCAGGCGGCCCUCCACCUGGUGCUGAAGACCAAAGAUAUGGACGACAUCAAGGCAGAACAUAGAUCUGUGGCCAUGCAGAAGCAGAACAUGUUGUUGCUGUGGCAGCGCCGAAGACCACCAGGAGAGGCCACAGCUCAGGACCUGCUGGAAGGUCUGAAAGACAUGGACCUACCGGUCGAGACUCGUCCGUUAUUGACAGGCAUGAUGAAGAAAUCAUCAGAAUAGUUACUUGGCAGAUGCCAUAGUGCAGUAGAUGUCUCCGUCGAAAGAAAAGCCCUGAAGAUUGACCAAAACUAGUGAUGGGCCAACUAACGUGUAACGUCAUCACCCUAUUCCGCUCCAACCACUUGAUGGAAACGCACCUAAUUCAAAUUACUUUUUUGCGAACUUUCUAAAGAUUCUCAUCACCUUUUAGAUGGAAACGCAGCUACUGUCCUGACCCAGGAAUGUUAAGACGUCUGUUUGAGGGAAAAUAAAAAUGGUUUGACCAUUCUUUAUUCUGAUUUUUCCAGUUUCCCCAAGAGGCAGCUUGUAGUGUUUUAUAAAAAUAAAAGAUUUGAUAUAUUAUAAUGUAAUUAUUCAAGUGAAUUUAUAAACAUGAUGUGAUUUCACGCAGAGGUAUCAAAAGUGUAUUCACAUUCAUUACUCAGGUAGAAGUAGGCUUGGGUUUAAAAAGACCUCUGUAGAAGUUGAAGGAUCAACUCAAGCUUUUUACUCAAGUAAAAGUGUAAAACUACUGGUUUCAAUGGACAAAAGCUAAGGCCACAGGGCCUAUAGUGCUCUACCCUACCUCUAAAAAAAAAAAAAUAAUCUUACAUUGAAAUGUUAAAGGCACCCAGUGCAACUUUAUGUAAACAUUCAAUGAAAAAUAAACAUUCAAUUUCUAGUCUUUUUUACACGUAGUAAGUUUCAAUAACUCCAUACCAUUGCAUAUCGACAUUCAAGGAGCAAAGAUGAGACGUCGUUGUGUGGUGAGAACUGAUAGAAAAUCGUAAACAACAACAAUCGCCGGUGGGGAGAAGCCAUUUUUCCAUUGACUGGAAGCCUGCUUUAUUUAUUGUAGGUUACAAAAAAUAAAGAAAAUGGCGGCAUUGUUGUUGUUAUCGAUUUUCUAUCAGUUCUCACCACAAAACGACGUCUCAUCUUUGCUGCUUGAA